GCGAUGGAGAAUCACAUUUGUCCUUUAUAAUUACAACUCGGGAGCUGUGUGAGUGCCGUGGGGGCGAGAGGAGGGGUACCCACAGCCCACAACCCACAACCACAAUGAAUAAUAAUUAUAAUGAAGACAAAGGAGAGCGUCGCGUUUACUUCUCCGAAUCCCUUCCUACACAUCGCGCAACAUCCGACUCCGGCACAAAAUGUCGUCGUCGUUUAUUUGCUUAUUGCGGAAGGAUAUGUAUUGGGGCUUUCGGAAUUCUUCUCGCCCUACUAAUCAUUGCCGUAAUAUUCAUGUCCUUCCUUCAGUCGGGCCUGCCAGAAAUCAGCAUAAAAACGUUGCAACUCUCCAAAUUUGAGAUCCACGACUCCACAAAUCAGAAUCAUAACAAUGCCGUCCUAGACGCACGAGUAGAUAUAUCAAUGACGGUGAGGAACAAGAAUGACAAAAUAGAGUUGAGUUACGGCGAUAUUGUGGUGAAUGUGGCGUCGGAUGAUGUGAAAUUGGGGAAGAGCGUGAUUGGCGGUUUCUCUCACGGCCCUGGAAACACCACGUACUUGAACGUAACCACCAAUGUGGUGGGAGAUGGUGUGGAUAGAGAGAACGCGUUGGAAAUACAAGAGGAGAAGAAAAGAGUGGAAAUGGUGGCGCAGGUGAGAAUGGAAGCCAUAAUUGGUUUCCACGCUGGGAUAUUCAGCAUCGAGAAGGUGCCAAUCCAUGUACGGUGCGACGAUGUUCAACAAUUUCUACUUGUAAACCGCAUAAAGGAGGCUUCCUGUAACAUUAGAAUGUUUCCUUUCAGAGUGCUUCCCUCAUCUACACCACCUAGCUAACAUCUCCUCUCCUCUUAUUUUUGUUUUUGUUUUUGUUUUUUAUAAAAACCUCUCCUAUUUAAUUAAAAUUAAUGUUAGACAACUCUUGUUUUGAUCUCCUUCACUUCUUUGUUUAAAUCUCUCGA